UAUAUAUAAAAGCCAAUGCCAAAGCCAAAGCGCGAGAGAGAGAAGUUGAAAAGGUUUGUGUGCGUCGCGAAAAGGUUCCGUUUGUUUCAUCGAACAAAUUCUCGCCGCAAGGGAUACGAAUCGCGAGAGGGAUUUUCGCACAGGGCGAGAGGAAUGGGGAGCGAAAGCAGGAACAGGAAUGGCGACGCCGAGAAACACGUUGCAGCGGAGAACGGUGUGCCGGCGACGGCGGCGAAGGUGGUGCGGAGCGUGAAGGAGAUCGUGAACUGUGCGGAGGAGGAGAUCUACGCUGCGCUCAAGGAAUGUGACAUGGACGUUAACCGCGCUGUGGAGAAGCUUCUGGCUCAAGAUACGUUUCAUGAGGUGAGAAGUAAACGUGACAGGAGAAAAGAGGGGGCAUCCAAUUCAAAGACUAAGGGUAAUAAUGUAGGGUCGAUUCGUGGAGUCAAAAGUGGCACUAGCAGUGAUAGCAGAGUUGUGCAAAGUGGAUUAACAUAUGAGACUUAUAAUGAGCAUGAAAAAGCCAUUGACAAGGGGGAAGGUGGGUCAGUAUAUCCUUCAGUUAUGCCUCCCACAACUCAUGUUGAGCGGAAAAAUACAAAAAGUGAUUCUUUUAGUACUAAUAAUGGAAGACAGUCAUUAAUAACAAGUCAUCCUGUAUCGGAUUCUGUCCAAGCCUCUUCAGGACCUCGACCCUCAAUGACAGGAGUAAGUAAAGGACGUCUUUCAAUGGCAGACAUUGUAAGAAUGGGUAGAACAUCAUCACAAGAUACUGUUUCACAUGACCUCUGUAAUUCCUCAGGAGUUUCUGCAUGUGAAAAUUCAGAGUCAAGCUUAGGUCUUCCCUUUCAAAAUCAUUCUGAGCAACAAAUUUUUCAUGAUGAGUGGCCCAUAAUUGAACAACCAAUUGCUAGAAACUCACAGGCACUAAAAAUGUCUGCAUCUUCUAAUGCUAACGGGCCAUUUGAGAGCAUGAACGUAACUGCAACUUGUUUACACAAGAACUGUGAAUUAGAUGCUGCCCCAGUUUCAUGGGGGGAUGUGUCUGGUGAUGAUGCUGUUUCUGCUUCUAUAUCCAGUAAACAUUCUAUUUUGAGCAGCAACACUGGGCUACAAUCUCAUUCCUACUCUAACUUAGGAAAUACCCUUUCCUCUGAUCUUUUUAGUUCUCAUGGGCAUCAUGAAGAUGUGUCAUCAGCUGCUACAAUUUUUCAGAAGCUAAGUAUAGGAGAAUCCAAACAGAAAGUGCCAACAUUUGAAGAUGACCCUGAAGUGAUUAUUCCAACUCAUUUGCAAGCCUUGGGUGCUGAAUGUUCUCAUUUGAGUUUUGGUACAUAUAAUGGCAGCAGUAGUUCUGCAUCUUCUGUGAUUCUUACUUCUAAUCAUAUUUCUAAAAGUGGCAUGGAAGAGAAGUCUGCAGCUGUAGAUAAUUCUUCGACUCAGUUCCAGGAUGCAAGUUCUGUGUACCACGGUGAUAAGCAGCUUGGAUUUGAUGUUCUUAGAGGAGCAGGAGGUGAUAAAAACAAUGAUUUCCUUCCAUCUCCUAAGCAAUGGCAUGUAAAUCAUAUUGUUCCGGAGGAAACUUUUGAGCAUGAACGCAACUUCACAGCAUCUGUAUCAGAUCCUAGUUUGCAAAAUUCACACUGGGUGAAUACUUCACUGCCUUUCAGGCAGCCAGACUUGCAGAGUGGAAACCAAUUUAUUUUUCCAAAAGAACUGUAUGCUGACUCAAAUUCAAUACCCGAUGAUGUGUUGGCAUUCCUCAUGACACAAUCACAACCUGCAAGACACAGUAAUACAGUAUCAUCUAUAAGCAAUCCUGCCAUCUCCAUGUCCCAGGUCAUGGAGCCAGGUGCCUUUACUCUACCUAAGAGAUCUGCAGUUUCCCUUUCCCAGGGUCCUACAGUGCAUUCCACGACACACUUUCAUCAAUUGCCUGACACCAACAGAUAUCUUCCCCUGCCCCAGAAUAAGCCAUACAUUACAUCCAUUGAUUCUCAGCAAGCAUUUUCAGGCCAUACUGCAUACAAUCAAUCUCCAGCAGACAUGAACUACAACCUUUCGCAAAAUAGAAAUGAAUUCCUUACAAGUAGAUUGCCUCAUGCUACUGCCAGAGAUGCAUUUGGUUAUGGAAAUCUUGGCUCUUCCAUUUAUAGUCCUGGAAGCUUUCUGUCCAAUCCAUCUCUUGGUCGUAUGAUGCCUUCAAGUAACUUGAAUGAAGUUUUACCUUCUCAGUAUAAUGGUGGACAUAACGGAAGCUCUAUUCAACAGCAGCAUGGUGGUAGUUUUUCUCAUUGGGAUUAUGAGGCCGAGUCGAGGUCGUCGUUUAUCCCAGAGAGAACCCAAUAUAACUUCCUAGGGCAGCAGCCAAAUCAGGGUUCCCUGCCACAAUAUGCUAGUCCAGGAUAUUCCAAUCUUUAUCAUUCCCAGACACGGGUUUUGGAACAAGCUCAGCAGCCAGGUGGUUUUCAAGAUUUGUCCUCGGAGCAGUUGCAUCAAUUUUGGAAGCACAGCCACUAACAGUAUAGUAUACAUUCUGCUUGUUUUUUGUCCCUCUUUUUAUACUAGCAACUAUCGUAGUAGUAGCAGGUUUAGGUGAAUUGGGAUGUCAUUUUCGUUUAGAUGCUUGAGCGUUAAUUCAAUUGUACAUGCUUUUUGAGAACGUGACUUUGUCCUAUUUACUGGGGCAUUGUUUUGUUAGAGUUAUUUUAUUGUAACAUCGCAUUGGGGCAAGAUGAA